AAUCUAUUAAUUAUGCUGUUUUUUAAAUAUUUAAUCUAAACAUUAGCACCUUUAUUUAGAUAGAAAUAGAUAGCCGGAAACGAUCGAGCAAAUAAUUAGUAAAUAUAACCAAUUCAAAACAAACGUGGUGUGAAUUAUUGUUAUUAGAAAAUAUGGGCAAAGGCACUCCAAAGUUUGCCGCUCCUAAAAAAGUCAUUAACUUGACAGAUAAUCGAAUAAACAAAAAAGAUCGAGUCAUAAAGAAGAAAAAGAAGAAGGAUGAUCAACCGAAAGUAAAAGAAGUUGCACAGUACUCAUCAGCGUUGUUUUUCAAAUAUAACACCCAACUGGGACCGCCUUAUCAUAUCAUUGUUGAUACUAAUUUUGUGAAUUUUUCAAUAAAAAAUAAAUUGGAUGUUUUUACUUCAAUGAUGGAUUGCUUGUAUGGAAAAUGUAUACCUUACAUAACAGAUUGUGUGCUAGGGGAACUUGAGAAACUAGGCAAUAAAUUCCGUUUAGCCCUCAAAAUUGUCAGAGAUCCCAGAUUUCAAAGAAUGGCCUGUAUGCAUAAGGGGACAUAUGCUGAUGAUUGCAUUGUUCAAAGAGUAACACAGCACAAAUGCUAUAUUGUGGCAACCUGUGAUAAAGAUCUGAAGAGGAGAAUUCGUAAAAUUCCUGGUGUUCCUAUCAUGUACAUUAAUAAACACAGAUACUCAAUAGAAAGAAUGCCAGAUGCAUAUGGGGCUCCUCCAUUGUAAAUAAUUAUUGUUUGUUAAUAAAUGUUUUUUUUUUAUUUCAAAA